AUGGCGACGACUAAGUUUGUUCAUAAUCACGCACUGUUUUUGCACCCUUCCGACACCACUGGUGUUUCUAUCAUUCCAAUGCAGCUAACAGGAUCCGAUAACUACUCUCUGAAAAAAGAGAAUUUCGGGGCUGAGUUAGGGCAUCAAUGGGAUCGAUGUAAUGCAGUUGUUCAAGGAUGGAUUAUGAGUUCUGUAACUCAGGAAUUACACACAGGAAUAGUCUAUGCAACUAGUGCAAGAGCAGUCUGGGAGGAUCUCAGGGAUCGUUUUGACAAGGUAAAUGCAUCUCGAAUUUAUCAAUUGCAUAAAGCUAUAACUAUGACUAUACAAGGUAAUGAUUCUAUUCCUACAUACUUUUCUAAGCUAAGGAAUUUAUGGGAUGAGUUUGCAAGCAUUAUACCACCUUCUUGUCAAUGCUCUAAUUCAAAGGAAUUUUAUAUGCAUUUGGAAAGACAAAAGCUAAUGCAGUUCUUAAUGGGUUUAAAUGAGAACUAUGAUCAAUCGCGCAGUCAGAUCUUAAUGAUUGAACCCACUCCUAACAUAAACAAGGCAUAUGCCAUGCUUGUUGAACGAGAGAGUCAGAGAUUUAUGGCAUCUUCAUCUUUAAAUGGUGAAGGAACAGAUCUGGCAGCUCUCAUGGCAGGGAAAGGGUCAUUUCAUAAAUACAAUAGGGGAACAGUUCCACAAAAUUACAACAAGGAUUCUGCAUCACAACCUACAUACUAUAAUAAGGGGAAGAAAAAUUGA